GCCAGCAGGGCCGAGCCAUGAGCGCAGAGGAGAGGAGCUCCACCCCCAUCCACAAAACCUCCACGCCCACACACAAGAGUGCAUCCUCCUCCUCCUCCUCCCAAAGGGACAGCAGACAGGCAGACAGUUGGGAGAUUAUUGAGGGACUGAAGAUUGGACAAACCAACGUGCAGCGACCAGACAAGCAUGAGGGCUUUAUGCUGAAGAAACGGAAGUGGCCCCUCAAAGGCUGGCACAAGCGAUUUUUUGUUCUUGAUAACGGAAUCCUGAAGUAUUCCAAGUCCCCCAUCGAUAUUGGUAAAGGAAAGUUGCAUGGUAGCAUAGAUGUGGGAUUAUCAGUGAUGUCAAUCAAGAAGAGGGCCCGACGGAUCGAUCUGGACACAGAGGAGCACAUCUACCACCUAAAGGUCAAAUCGCCAGAUGUUUUCGAGGCCUGGGUGUCUAAGUUACGUCACCACCGUCUGUACCGGCAAAACGAGAUCGUGCGCUCUCCUCGGGACGCCAGCCUUCGCUCGUUCCCACCCCCGACGAACCUCGAGUCCCCCCAAACCACACCCUCCACCACACAUGAAGUCAAGUCCAAACCCAGCAGUCUGCCCUGGCAGCCCGCGACACCCUGCGGCAGCCUGCCGGUCUCCUACGGCAACGCGACGCCCUGCGGCAGCCUGCCAGUGUCCUACAGCAAUGGACAGAGUAAGGUGGCCGCCUGGCUCCAGGAGUCCGAGGAGAUGGACAAGUGUGCGGAGGAGUUGGCCCACUGUCAGUCCAGUCUGAUGGAACUGAGCCGGCUACUGCAGAGCCUGGAGAUCCUCCAGCGAACCCAGUCGGCACCAAACUUCACCGACAUGCAGACCAAUUGUGUAGAUUUAUCAAAGAAAGAAAAGCGUGUCAGCAGAAGAUGGAGAACAAAAAGUGUCAGCAAAGAUGCAAAAAUGCAGCUUCAGGUUCCGUUGAGUUCCAGUAUGUCUCCAGUGCGCCUCCAUUCGUCAAACCCUAACCUCUGUGCGGAGCUGUCUGAUUACCAGACUCCUGUCACACGCCUGGCAGACACCAUCGACUCCACCAGCGACUACAUCAAACUGCAGGAGGACUUCUGCCUCAUCGCUCAGAAAGUUCACUCUCUCCUCAAGUCUGCCUUCAACACUGUGGCUAUAGAGAAAGAGAAGAUCAAACAGGCACUGUCUGAACAGGAGCAGACGGGCCAGUCUACCCAAAUCAUGACUCUCCGACGCUCCCUGUCUCAGGCCCUGUCGCAGAACGCAGAGCUGAGGACCCGUUUGAAUCGGAUUCACUCAGAGUCCGUCCUGUCUGAGCAAAUGGUUAGUGUUACCAUCAUCCCCAGUACAGACGAGGCAGGUGAACAGAUCCACGUGGGAAUUCCCCUCACUCAGCAGGCCUCUAACGAGAGCAGGCUCUCCAUGUCCGAGUCUGUGUCCGAGUUCUUCGACGCCCAGGAGGUGCUCCUGUCAGCCAGCUCCUCAGAGAAUGAGGCAUCGGAUGAUGAGUCAUACGUCAGUGAUGUGAGCGAUAACAUUUCAGAGGACAACGCCAGCGUCACGGAUAACGUUUCCAGACAGAUGCCCAACGGCGACCUGACAGGGGGUGCGUUUCGGAACGGGCGUCGCACAUGCCUCCCAGCCCCUUCUCCGGACACCAGCAACCUAAACCUGUGGAAUAUCCUGAGGAAUAACAUUGGGAAAGAUCUGUCCAAGGUGUCCAUGCCGGUGGAGCUCAACGAGCCCCUCAACACCCUGCAGCACCUGUGUGAGGAGCUGGAAUACAGCGAACUGCUGGACAAGGCCGCCGACACCGGCGACCCCUACGAACGCAUGGUUAUCGUUGCAGCUUUUGCAGUCUCAGGGUACUCGUCCACGUACUACAGAGCAGGAAGUAAGCCAUUCAACCCUCUGCUGGGAGAGACAUAUGAAUGUAUCCGAGAAGACAAAGGCUUUUGCUUUUUCUCCGAACAGGUGAGCCACCAUCCGCCCAUCUCUGCUUGUCACUGUGAAUCCAAAAAGUUCACCUUUUGGCAAGAUAUCCGAUGGAAGAACAAGUUUUGGGGGAAGUCGAUGGAGAUCCUGCCGAUCGGGACAAUCAGCGUAAUGUUUCCGAGUUACGGCGAUCAUUAUGAGUGGAAUAAAGUGACCACUUGCGUCCAUAACAUCCUGAGUGGUCGACGAUGGAUAGAACACUACGGUGAGAUCACCAUCCGAAAUCUCAAAAGCAGCACCUGCAUCUGCAAGCUCACCUUCGUUAAGGGAAAUUACUGGAGUUCGAACGUGAAUGAGGUGCAGGGUUUUGUGAUGGACCAGGAGGGGAAAGUGGUUCAUCGGCUGUUUGGGAAGUGGCAUGAGGGCCUGUACUGCGGGGUGCCCCCCUCUGCCAAAUGCAUCUGGAGACCAGGCUCCAUGCCCACAGACUAUGAACUGUAUUAUGGAUUCACCAGGUUUGCCAUUGAGCUUAAUGAACUAUGUCCUGAGAUAAGGGAUCUGCUGCCCCCUACAGACGCACGCUUCAGACCUGACCAGAGGUAUCUCGAGGAGGGAAAACUCGAGCGGGCGUCUGCGGAGAAACAGAGAAUCGAGGACCUUCAGAGGACCAGGCGUAAGUGGAUGGAGGAAAACAACAUCAAACAUGAGCCGCGCUUUUUUAAAAAAGUUGUGGAUGCCAAUCAAAGAGAGAGGUGGGUGUCCAACAACAUGUACUGGGAGCUGCGGAAAGAUCCGGGCUUUCUCAAACUGGAAAACCCGCAACUGUGGUAG